ACAACCCACUUCAACUUUUGUCUGAAACAACAGCACAGCAACACAGAGACAGUUCUUUGCCUGCGCUUUCAAACAUGUUAGGUACAGGCAGACCUCUCUUCGUUCUCUUCGGAUCUUCCAUCGUUCAGUUUAGUUUCAGCAACGAAGGUUGGGGUUCCAUUCUUACUCAUACGUACGCUCGCAAGGCAGACAUAAUACUGCGAGGAUACGCAGGGUGGAACUCGAGGCGUGCUUUAGAGGUUCUAACCAAAGUCUUUCCACAGGAUGGUGUUGUACAACCUUCAUUGGUGAUAGUUUACUUUGGUGGCAAUGACUCAAUUGAACCCCACCCAUCUGGCCUUGGCCCCCAUGUACCUCUUCCUGAAUAUGUUGACAACAUGAAGAAGAUCGCUAUGCAUCUCCAGGGCCUAUCAGAGAAGACUCGUGUGAUGUUUCUUACUACUCCACCGGUGAAUGAGGAACAAAUACAUGAAAUCCUCGGUAUUUCGGGUCGGACCAACGGAGGCAGCCGGGUCUAUUCCGAAGCUUGUUUAAAGCUAUGCCAAGAAAUGGGUGUAAAAUGUGUUGAUCUUUGGACUGCAAUCCAGCAAAGAGAUGACUGGAUGACUACUUGUUUUACGGAUGGCAUCCAUUUCUCUUCCGAGGGGAACAAGGUGGUGGCUAAAGAGAUCUUGAAAGCAAUAGAAGAGGCAGAUUGGGAACCAAGUUUAUGCAGCACCUCAUUGCCAAUUGAAUUCGGCGAAGAUUCAACUUCUGAACACGUGAAUCAGGAUGGAAAGACCGUGAAUGUUUCAGACCUUGAAUUCCCACCACCUGCCAAAUUAUGAUCUAUGAUCAUGUUAGGUUCCCCUUCAUUUUAGGUUUAAUUUUGCCCACGGUCCUUGGUACUCUUUGGACUAUUAAAAUUUAGCUGCUCAAUAUUA